AUGCGAAGAGGUUUUCCAUUUUCCAAACCUGACCUAAUCUCCCAGCUGGAGCAAGGGGAAGAACUAUGGGUUCUAGAUCUGCGGGGAGCUGAGAAGAAAGAGAUCUUAAGGGGCUCCUGCUCAGGUCCCAGGGUAUUAACUGAGGACAAGCAUUUAUAUGAACAAGUGCAUGCUUCAGAAGAUACAGACUCAUGUAGAGCAACUUCAGAAAUAUUCUUAAAGAAUGGUGCUCCAGACCCUGGUUUUAGAGGAGCUUAUGAAUAUGAAGGAAAAAUAAAGAAUCAUCAGAGAAACCCCAAAAAAGUGAUUUUGAAGAAAUCCCCUUCCCAAAAGAAACGUUCAAAGCAAAUAACUAUAACCCACAAGAAAAUUGCCAUAGGAAAAAGAGACCAGGAAUAUAAUAAAUAUAGGAGAAACUUGGAUGUGACCUCAAAUCCUGUCACAUACAAGAAAGAAAAUAAAGGAAAGAAACCCCAUAAGUAUGAUAUCCAGGCCAAAACCCCCCCUCCAAAUCAAGUUCAUAUUGAACAUCAGAAAACUUACGCUGGAGAAAAACCCUGUAAGUGUCAUGAAUGUGGGAAAAGCUUUAGAUGCAGUUCACUACUUGUCCAACAUCAGAGAACUCAUACUGGGGAAAAACCUUAUAAGUGUAAUGAAUGUGAGAAGGGCUUCACUUGCAGCUCACUACUUAUUCAACAUCAGAGAAUCCAUACUGGAGAAAAACCCUUUGAAUGUAAUGAAUGUGGGAAAACUUUGAGUCGGAGUUCAAACUUUAUUGGACAUCAAAGAACCCAUACUGGAAGUGAAUGUGGAAAGGAUUUCAGUUGGAGUUCCCAACUUAUUCAACAUCAGAGAAUUCAUACAGGAGAAAAACCCUUUGGAUGUCAAGAAUGUGGGAAAUCUUUCAGUCAGUGCUCAUCCCUUAUUCAACAUCAGAAAAUUCACACGGGAGAGAAACCAUAUAAGUGCAGUGAAUGUGGGAAAAGCUUCAAUCAGAGCUCAUUGCUUAUUCAACAUCACAGAACUCACACUGGGGAGAGACCAUAUAAGUGUCAGGAAUGUGUAAAAACCUUUAGUCAGAGCUCUCAACUUACUAAGCAUCAGCGAAUUCAUUCUAGACAGAAACUUGCAAAUGUGAUGAAUGUAAACUAGUAAGUGCUCCCAAGUUAUUCAGUUGAACAAAGGUAUCUUACUCAAUUCUACAAAUGUUUAUUAAUCAUUGACAAUGUGCAAGACAGUGUGCUGAGUGCUAGUAAUAAAGGAAUGUACCCUAAUAAUUUUAUUUCAAAGGUUCAGGCAAAACACUGUGAGAAGUUUGAGGAGAAAGAGAUCAUUUUCAUUUGCAUGAGACAUAGCUCCUAUUUUCUAGUUGUUUCUAGUCCAAUGGAAGAGCUGAGAAACAAAUGUAGAUAUCUACAGUACAAGGCAGUAUAUUGAAAUCUUGUAAGUACAUUGAAUUCCAUCAUGUGAGUGCAAAAUAAGGAGGGAUUUUUUUCAGCCGAGGUCAUUAGGUAGGUAACAUCUGAGCUAGAUCUUGAAGGAUGGCCAGAAUUUUGUUUUGUGACAAUAAUAGUACCUACCUCCUAGGGUUGUCGUGAAGAUCGAGUAAGAUAAUCAUUGUAAAGCACUUAGUACAGUGUUGGGCACAUAGUAAGCACUAUAUAAAUUUUAGCUAUUAUUAGUUGUUGUUAUUGUUGUUGUUACCUCACCCUGAAGUUUUGUCUGAAGCGUCCUCUUUCAUAUUUGUAAAAGUAGUUGGUUACCUCCUUUUGUCUACUACCUUUGAACAGGAAUGUCCUCUCAUUCCAAUAAGAAACAAAUAUUCCCCCCAAAUCCUCCCUUUUCUCUCUUGAAUGAUUCCCCCUUUAUCUGCACCUCUUUCUAUUGUAAAAGAUGUUAUUUAUCCUAAAUUGCCUCAGAAUACUGCUGAUUGUGCUGUAAGCAGGCCUGAAAUUUGUAAAAACUAAAUUUGUACCCUAGAAAGUCAAAGCAGCUAUCAGCAGUUUCUUUAUCAUACUCAUAUAUUCCUUUGCUUUCAGUUUGGCCUCCUGACUUUGACCAACAGUCAUUGAAUCUCUGAUGAUGGGUAUGCCUCUCCCAAGAAGUGCCAUUCCUCUCUGUAGAAAAAAAAUUCUGUAACACAUUUUAUAGCCUUAGAAAGUUUCCUGGGGGUUCUGAGAGGUUAUUUGAUUCUCUAGAAUUACAUAGACAGUGUAUGUCAGAAGCAGGACUUAAACCCAGGUCUUCCUGGCUCCAAGGCCAGCUCUUUAGCCACUAUGCAUUCUCUGUACCAACUGGUUCAUCACUAUAAAUUUUUUUAGAAUGAUCUAUGCUCAUACUGAGCCUCUCAAUGAAAAUAUGAGAAGAGCAAAAGACUUUCAAAAACAAUUUUCUAUAGCA